AUGGAGCAGCCCGGGAAGAAGACGGGUCUGCGCAUCGACGCGCACCUCGACGAGGGACUGGUCGCGGAGGUCCUCGCCCGGCUGCCGGCCAGGUGCGUCCUCCGCUUCCGCGCCGUCUGCAAAGAGUGGCUCCGCAUCAUCGACAGCCCGGCCUUCCUCGAGGCGCACGCGCGCUGUCGCCCGCUCGAGCUCCUCGUCUACACCAGAAUGGAGACCGAGGUGGUUGGGCCCGACGGCCUCCCGCAGGCCGCCACCGAGCUGGACCUGGACGCCGUGGCCGUGGCCGUCCCCGCCCAUCGGCCGGCGCCGACGCGGCGGACCAUCGCGACCUUCCCUGACAGCCUCGACGGCGGGUUGAACCUCUACUGCUCCCUGCUGGCCUCGUGCGACGGCCUCCUCCUCAUCCGCGACGCUGCCCGGCAGUACCUCGUGCUUAACCCCGCGACGUGGCAGUGGAGCGACCUGCCGCGGCUGGCCGUACAGCAGGGUGGCCGCGCCGUGACACAGGAGUCCGGCUUCUACUUCCACCAGCCCUCCGGCGAGUACCGGCUACUGUGCCACGUCUCGUACGAGUACGGCGAGUUCGACGCCCAAGCGCCACACUACUGCGUCUUGUCGACCGGCGCCAAGGAGCCGCGGCGACUGAUGAGCGUGCAAGCCACGCCCAUGGAGAUGGAGAUGGAGGAGACCAUCGCCUACCACCAGUGGCUGCCCCCUAAAUCCCGAUGCUUCAUGAACCUUAUGACGCCGGCGGUGCUUCACGGCCACCUGCACUGGCUGCAGCACGUGGAGGCCGGGCUCACCGGUCAGAUGGUGGCGUUCGACACGGCGGCCGAGACGUUCCGCCGGAUGCCGCCUCCGCCCGUCACCUGCAAGAUGCACUCGCACCUGCUCGUCGCGGACGGGUCGCUCAUGGUGGCCGAGCUGGGCCACCGAUUCAUGGACCUCUGGUUUCUCGAGGGCUACGGCGGUGGCGCGGCCGAGGGGACGUGGGAGCACCGGCACCGCGUCGACAUGCGGUGGCCGAUCACAGGGCCGUUGCUCGUGGCGGGUGGCGACGGAGGGGACGUCGUCCUGGGACAUAACCAAGGCGUGGUGGCGUACAACCUGAGGAGCAGGACCGUCAGGCAGGUGGUCGACGUCGACGAGUCGGGAGACGAACCUCUUCUUCUCCCGUCACGGUACGUGUUUCGGGAGAGCCUGGUUCGGCACGGCUUCUUCGAGGAGCGGAAGCAUCCCGGCUUGCCGUCGUUCAGAUGCUGCCCAUGA